AAACGCAUUAUUAUUUCCAGUUUUCCACCGCCCUGUUUGAAAAGGAAGUACACUAAAUACGCCCCUCUGUCUCUCUCGGUUUCGUCGCCAAUCAAGCAAGAAUCGCCGUUGAUUUCAGCUCCUUUCGUAUAGGUAUUUGGUCUGUCAGUUUUGCAGUUACAGUGAUCUACUAUUGCAGUUGAAUUGGGGGAGAAGAGAGAGAAGCAGAAAUGCAUUUUGAGCUGGUGGAUAUACAACCUCGGGAAAUCACAUUCACAUUUGAACCGAGGAAGCAAAGCUCAUGUACCAUCCAUUUAUUCAAUAAGACCGAUAAACAUGUUGCCUUUAAGGUCAAGACCACUAAUCCAAAGAAAUAUUGUGUCCGACCAAACACAGGAGUUAUUAGUUCAAAGUCAUUAUGCGAAUUUAAGAUAACUAUGCAAGCACAGCGGGAACCUCCUCCCGAUAUGGUAUGCAAGGACAAGUUCUUAGUUCAGAGUAAAGUUGUUCCAGAGGAGACAUCUGAUAAAGAUAUUACCUCAGAGACAUUUUCUAAAGACGAUGGCGAAUAUGUCCAAGAGAACAAGCUAAGGGUGAUUCUUGUAGAUCCACUUGACUCACCUGACCUAUCACCAAUAAAUGGAGCACAGAGUCAUCCACCAAAUUUUGAAUCUUCUCCACCAAAAUGUUUAGAAGAUCUUUCUGGUAAUGAAGAAACCCAAAUUCCACAACGAAAGCCAGCUGAGGAGGAGUUUAAACAGGAAAAUAAAGAGGAGCCAGUGAAAGCAAAAGAUGUAGAGAUUGAAACUGCAAAGGAUGUAGAAAAGGUGGAAUUUGUUGAUGAGAUCAAUACAAUGAAGUCAAAGUUGGAGCCAAUGAAAGCAAAAGAUGUAGAGAUUGAAACUGCAAAGGAUGUGGAAAAUGUGGAAUUUGUUGAUGAGAUCAAUACAAUGAAGUCAAAGUUGAAUGCACUAGAGCUUAAACUAAGCGAGGCUGAAGCAACCAUUUCAAGGCUGACACAGGAGACGAGGGGGUCUGCUCAAGAGAAAGAAAGCUUACAACGAGAACUGGCGCGAUUGAGAAGUAGGAAAGGCGCGAGAAAAGUGCAAGUUGGAUUUCCAUUGCUGUAUGUGGUUAUGGUUGCUCUCAUAAGUCUUGCACUUGGAUACAUGUUUCACCGCCAGUAGAAGUAGUUCCCAUAUGUAGCUGGAGUAGCAGCAGCAGAGAAGUUAUAAAUAAAUAUUUUUACAUGGAAUGACUGUAGUCUGUAUAUUAAUAUUAAUGAGUGUAAAUACUCUACUAAGUACCUUAGCACACUGUAUUGCUUAGGGGAAAUUAUUAUUAGGUACAUCAUAGCAUACAUAAGUGUACUAUGCUAAUAAUGUUCCGAUGUUCUGUUGGAAAUCCGACAUUUUGUCAUACAAUAAUAAUAAAAAAAAAAAGAGUAGUAUUUUAUAUA